AUGGCUUCUCAAUCGCUUUCAUGGGCUGUUUUCCCUCUUGCGUUCUACUCCACACUCAUCUCAUGCGUGCUGAUCUGCAUGGUGCAAGCUGGACCAAUGCAAGACGGCUUUCAUAUGUCAGCCGGUCUCGCCCACGACCUGGGUCACGAUACCGGCGCCGAACACUCCGCGGUCUCAUAUACUGAAUAUCAUCCGAGCGGAAACUAUUUUCAAGUGACCAAGACACGGCUACCAACACCAGCAGGUUUCUUACACUACCCUAUAACCUUACCGUACUUCUGGGAAGCUAGAGAUGCUCAAGUAUGGGGGUCAGCAUUUCAAAAGAACGCGGAAAGCGGCUUGUCUCCAUCAAAUUGGAUACCUCCUGUCCAUCCUCAAUACGAUUCUACUCCCUAUCCAGUCUCCGCAGCACAACCUCAACAUGGACCAUACCCUGUGGCUCAAAACAUGCAGCCGCCUGAAUUUUCAAACAUUGAUGAAUUUCCUCAUGGAACCCUUAUCUCUGAAUGGCCAAACCCGAUCUUCUCGAGUAGAAUCCAGCAAGUGGGCCCCAUAAAGCAGCAGUUGGGAGCUACUUGGAAUCAACGGAAGCUACCAGAAGCAAAUUUCAACCCUCAAAUAAAUCAGGGGUCUACUAAGCACCCUGUCGAAAAAGACUCCAAAGGAAAAGCUGCUUCAAGUGACAGCACUGUGGAUGGUGCGUCAAGUUCAAUGGGCGCUAACCAGCCAAGCACUGUAGGGCCAGCUAACCGGGUGGAGAAAACGAUUAGACCUAACUUUGAACCCGGAUUCCGCGUGGGUGAUUUUCGCACACUAUGUGUUUAUGAGGAGUCAGAGCUGAUUAGUGAGGUGAAAUCUAGUAUUUUUCGACCAUCAGAUUCACCUCCAACGCCAAAGGAUAUACAGGUGAUUCCAUCUUUUCCCUUGCGACCGGCCUCAGAGCACAGCAUUGCUCCAUUUUCCCUGAAAGAAAGCAGCAAUGCACAGCAAAUCAAGACCUUCAAAGAGAUUUCGGGUGAAUCACCAGCACCCGAAAGUCGCGAUAAGCUUGUAGUGUAUGUUCAUUCUCUUUUACCAAAAUCCCAGACACUUUGCACUCGAGUCCCAACGCUAAAGGGUUUCUCCUGUGUCCUGAUCAGCUCAAGCUCUGAUGCAUCAGAGAAUCGAAACCGGCCAUCCGAAGGCGCGUCAACAUCGUCUUCAUCAGGGAAUUCAAAUGAAGUUCCGGAAAAAACUAAAGAUCAAGAGUGGCAAGUGUAUUCGAAGAAAAAUAGAAAAUUCGGAAAACCCCUACAGCCAACGCGUGGAAAUCCUCCUAAAAGCUCUGGACAAGAAAAACUCCUAUUAGACAAAGCCCGACUGACAAAAGCCCAAGAUUUCAAGUCCACCAGAAAAGGGGAACUCGAGAAUACUGAGGUGGAAGACGAGGCCCCUGAGGAUCAAAAUACCCCCAUAUCUCGAUUAGAUCUAGAUACCGAGGGACAAAAUUUCGGAAAGAUUGGAGAAUCAAAUAAAAAGAAUCAGAAGAAAAAGAAAAAGAAAGGCGCAAAAUCAUCCAAGGAUGAUCAGGUGGAUGAUGACGUUUUGAAGACCGCAGCAUAUAUAGCCCCUGAUGCCAAAUCAAAGAUUCGGAAGAUAAUUUGGGACAUGGACUUCUCAAUCCAUCAUUCGAACGUCUACUCAUCCCCUUCGCAUACGUUUUCUGACGAUUUAGUCCAGGGAGACAAUCCAAAACCCCUGUUAGCCGUGCAUCUGGAUCGUCCACGUUAUAACGAGAUCUUUACUCUAGACUCGCAAUAUGAUCAUUUGAGAGGAAAUGUGAUAGAUCAACUGAUGAGUCAAUACCUCGAGGAGCUGAUAUCAAAAGUCUCAUAUCAAGAAGCGAAUCGUCGAUUUUUCGCUCUACAAAAUCAAGUGAUCGAAGACAACAGACUCAAGACCUGGCAGCUCCAUAGGCAUAUACUGGAUGAACCUAUCAAAGACAUUAUCAGAAUGCUAAAAGUAGAUGAGAUGUGGCCAGUAUUCUAUGACGCAAAACCAGAUGACUGGAAAGUGGUAGAGGACAAGAUAUCUAGUCUCAAUCUCAGAUCAAAGAAUUUACUGGAGUUGGCGAUGCCACAGGAUGCGCGAGCUAAGCGAAUCGCAACGAUGUAUGCUGCCGGAGAGGCCAAUAGACACCAAAAUCGAAUGAUGUAUAGCGAAGAGGAGUUAAAGGCCUGGGUAAGACAAGGGGUUUCUGCUGCGCUACUGAUACGAGUGGGUGAUAUACUCGACUUGACUUCUCCGAAAUUAAACUGGGAGAAUCUAUCUGAAGCACAGCUGGGUUGGAAGGCUAGAGACUUUUUCAACUGUUUGAAAGGGGGAAUUGUUGUCGAUGGGCGGGCAAUCUAUAGAGAACCAGUACAUUGGUAUACAUCUGGUGCUAGAAUGUUAAUUCUUGAAGACAAGAAAUUUCGGGGCACUUUUGAAAAUCGUUUGAAACGCUUGGUUGAAUUUGGCCAAGAUCGAGCGACAAUUUAUGAUAAAUCACUCGAGACCGAAGAUCAAACAUCAAUCAAUCAAAUGAAUAAGAAGAAAGGUGCGGAAUUAGUGAAGGAAGUAGAUAAGGAGAAAGGCAAAGUUCCCCCUUCGGAAAAUGAUGAGAUUGUCACCCUUUCUGAAUAUAUGAUUGGCACUCACUUUGGUAUUUUAGCAAAACGGUUGAUUGAAUUCAAAAGGAAGAUCAAAUUCAAGAAUCUUAUGCUUGAAUCCCAAACCAAAAGGAUGGGAAGUAGAAUCAGUCAUCCAAAAGCUGGAGUUACUUGGCCUAAAUCAGUUUCACCAGAAUUAGCUCCUCUCAAAUCACAAUUUCGCGAUUUCUACAAAUAUUUUGGGACUGCUUUCAAUGAAUGA